AUGGAAGUCAUCAGUGAAGAAUCUAUAAUAGAAUUACAUAAAAAAAUUAAUUACCAGGCCCAUUAUAUUGACGAAUUAAAGAAGAAAAUUGAUAUAUUGGAGGCGUACAAUCGAGAUUUAGAGCUAGCACUUUUAACAAUACAUGGCCGAGCAAAUGAUUUUGAAUUCGAAGAUGACCUAUCACAUGGCGAAAAGCUAUUUAGUGUAGUUAAAAUCCUUUAUUCUGGGCUAUUUAACUUGUACACUAUAUUUAAUAAUCCAAGAAUGCACAGUGAUUCUUCCUACCUAAAUCGUAAUACUUUGCAAUGGAUGAAUAAAAGAUUUGAUAAGUGGCGUAAAGCGUCAACAAAUCACUCGCGGGUAUAUCGUAGCCGAUCGGAUGCCGAUUUUACUUAUCGUAUGGGCGGCCGGCGCCCACGAAGCUUCGCUGGAAUUGGAACUGCUCUGCCGUAUGAAGAAUAUCUCGCUCAAAGAUCUGAAUCUCGAAACUCUUUCAACAGUCGUUUGAAACAUGAGGAUGCAAAUAAAUUUCAAAGUCAAUCAGGAGAUCGUGCGCAUCAUUCAGCCAUAGAAGCAACUCAAAAUUAUAGAGCUAUUAAUGUUAAUGAUGCUGAAUUAUCACAAAGUGAAGCAACCUUUGAUAAAUACUUAUCUGACCAAAGUAAUAGAGAUAUAUUGCUAAAAGAUCAUUCACUAACCGAUAUGAACGAAACUUCGCUCGGGCUACUUCAAAAUAGUGAUAGUUCGAAUACCUUGCAAAAUACAGCCAAUUUUGUUCAAAGUGCUAAAGCCACAUCAACUAAUGAAGAAGGUAGAUUCUUAAUGGAGAGUAAGUUAAAAAAGCAAGUAGCGGCUUCUGGCGAAUAUAAGGAAAAUGGUAUAGACUUUUUGACAUCGAAAGUUGCUUAUGAUAUUAUUCCGAAUCCCAUGCUUGUUAAGUCAGAGCAUAGAAAACCUCAAAGAGGAAUCGAAUAUCUUAUUAGGAAAGGCAUUUUAAAACGAGAUCCCGAGUUUGUAGCUAGAUUCUUGUUCGAGCAAAUUGGUGUAAGUAAGAAAUUUUUGGGAGAAUAUUUAGGCUGCAUCUCGGAAUCUUUUAAUGUGGCUGUGCUAGACUGGUAUAUUAAUUUUCUGGAUUUUACAAAAAUUACUGUUGAUGAAGCGCUGAGAAGGAUGUUGAAAACCUUUUUAUUACCGGUUUUUGCUCAUCGAUAUUGCGAAUGCAACGAAGAUUGUCCCUUCUCUGAAGACACGAUGUUCAUACUUUCUUUUUCAAUGAUAAUGCUCAAUACUGAUUUACAUAAUCCUAACAUAAAGAAUGAAAGAAGGAUGAAAGAACAAGACUUUAUACGUAACAAUAGAGGUAUCAACGACGGCAAUGACUUACCUGAUCAAUUUUUAGCUGGUAUAUAUCACAGAAUUAAGCAGAACCCAUUUCAAUCUGGAGUUGAUCAUACAACGAAAGUUAGAAAUAUUGAAAAUUCUAUUAACGGAAAGUGCCCGGAGUUAUCACUUCCGCAUCGACAGCUGAUUCAUAUAGCCAGCUUUUGCGUUGUAGAUCCAAACAAAAAAGAAAAGCCAGGAUUGCAUCCAAGAAUUGUAUUUCUGUUUAACGAUAUGAUACUGUUAACAAAGAUGCAAAUAAAAAAGGGCAGACAGUCUGCGCCGCUAAAAGUACCUACAGUGGGUGGAUCUACUUACAACUAUAAGUCUCAUUAUACUCUAUGGGGUUUGCAAGUGCGAGUCAUCAAACACAGUUACUAUAAAUUUCCGCUCCAGUUAUAUAAGCAAUUGGACAGCAAGAUCGUUCUUACAUUGAAUGCAAGCAACGAGUCGGAAAGAAGGAAUUUCGUUAAAAAUUUAAAAUUAGCGCUUUGUGAGGUCGAAGCGGUCGAGAAGGAAAGAUUAGCUGAGAUAGAGGCUCAGAAGGCUGGAAAAAAUUAUUUAAGCAGGAACACAGAUAAUACAUCAGUCAUUGGCAGCGCUGAAGCUACACAAUUGGUCUCGUAUUCUUUGAAAAAUUAUAAUAUCUUUUUAAAGGGUGAUGAUAAAGCAGCUUAUAAUGGCUCAACGAUGAAUAGCAAAGAAAUAACUUCAACAGUAAAACUUAGCGAAAGUAUCAGUAGUUCUUCAGAAUGUGAUGAAUCUACUUUGAGCAUUGCUAACAAUUCUUCGCUACAGAAAGAUCACGAUGUAGAAUCGGCUGAGGCAAAUACUACAGAAAACGUACUUCAAUCUAGGCAUUUCGAUAAUGUUAAAUUACCAACCGCAGAUCUCCAUGAUAUUAGUAAUAUUUCAGGUUCUCUAUCACCGAAACAUGAUAUAAAUACGGAGGCCUCUUCAACGAAUUCUGAAAGUUGUGAUAUUACUUUGGAUAAGGAGAUGUCGCUUUCACACGAUGAUAAAAGCAUUAGUAUUUAG